AUGCAGAUCUUUGUGAAAACACUCACUGGUAAGACUAUCACUCUCGAAGUCGAAACUUCGGACAGCAUCGAAAAUGUAAAGGCCAAAAUUCACGACAAAGAAGGUAUUUCACCUGAUCAACAACGUCUUAUUUUUGCUGGUAAACAACUCGAAGAUGGUCGUACACUCAAUGACUACAAUAUUCAAAAGGACAGCACACUUCAUUUGGUGCUUCGUCUUCGAGGUGGUAUGCAAAUAUUCAUCAAAACUCUGAGUGGCAAGCUGAUCACCAUCGAAGUUGAACCAGAUGACACCAUCGACUAUCUGAAGUUGAAAAUUCAAGACAAAGAAGGUAUUCCACCUGAUCAACAACGUCCCAUUUUUGCUGGUAAACAACUCGAAGAUGGUCGUAGACUUAGUUUACGAGGUGAUUCAGGUUCAGCAGUUCGAACGUUAGGAUUUGCUGUUGGCGGCGCAAAAGAUGUGAAUAAUUUUCGAGAAAAUAUUCAAAAUAAUUAUUUACCGAUCAUAACAGAUUUAUCAUAUGAAGGUCUAUUUAAUGAUUAUUUUUUUGAUACUGACAAUCAACAGCAAGAUAGUAAUGAAAAACAAUUAUUUUGUCCAUCCUAUUCAAUGGCUAUUACAAAAAAUCCUUUACAGGAAACCAUAGAACAGCAGUCUUAUGAAUAUUACAUGACUGUUGGAUUGAAUUCAAAUCUGAAUGAGAAUACAUUUAAACGAAAUCCAAUGAAUUUGCUUAUCUGUAUUGAUGUAAGUGGAUCUAUGUCAUCACCAUUCAAUCGUUAUCAUUAUAAUCAACAUCGUUCUAAAAUUCCUAGGAGCGAAAAUACUGAAUAUGAUACUCGUUCAAAAAUGCAAAUAACAAUUGAAGUUGUUUCAAAAGUACUGGAUCAUUUAAAGCCCAAUGAUCGACUAGCCAUAAUUACAUUUGAUAGUAAAACAUCGGUGAUUCAAACAAUGAAACAAUUAACCGAAGUUAAUAUCGAAAAAUUAAAAAAUGAAUUAUGCAAAAUUCAUGCUGAUGGUGGGACAAAUAUGAGUGGUGCUAUUGAUUGCAGUGCAUCAUUAUUUGAUAGUAGUUUAUUGAUGACGGAUAAUGAAUAUAACAAUCGAAUUUUAUUCCUGACUGAUGCACAACCAAAUCAAGGUGAUUUGGAUGAAAAACAUUUUAAUUCACGCAUUGAACAAUUGGCAAAACAUCGUAUUUAUACAACAUUUAUUGGUGUUGGUAUUGAUCUAAACACUCAACUGAUAUCUUCGAUAACCAAAAAUCGUGGAGCCAAUUAUUUUUCUGUUCAUGAUUCGAAAAAUUUUCUUGAACUGUUAGACAAAGAUUUUGAUCUGAUUUUGACACCAUUAGUAUUUAAUGUUAAAAUGAAACUUGAAUCAGAUCUAUUCAAUGUUGAACAUGUUUAUGGUUCACCUGAAUGGGAUAGAACAAAACAAGAUGAAUUAAUUCAAAUUAAUACACUAUUUCCAUCACGAACGAAUGAAGAGAAUUGCACACGUGGUGGAAUUGUUUUAGUAAAAUUGAACAAAAAAACUUCGUCAGCAGAUACAUUUACUACUGCAGAAUAUUUAUCAGUAACAUAUGAAGAUCGUCUUGGUAACACAUAUGAAGACAAACAAUUGAUCGAUAUUGAUGUGACAAAUGAGUUUAAUUAUGCGAAUACUGGUAUUCGAAAAGCUAUUCUUCUGGUUAAUUAUGUUACUCUAUUGAAAAAAUGGAUAAAUGAUGAACGAGAACGAAAAUAUAAUAAAAAGAAAACAUUAUUUGAUUUAAGUGAACAGAAUGUUGAAAAUUUAAGUGGUUGGGAACGACAAUCGACAAAAUUAAGUGUAUCAGACCAAUAUCGAAAACAAUUUCAAACAUUUUUAGCCUAUUUUGAAUCGGAAAUGGCAAUGCUUCAUGAUAAAGGUCUGGAACAAGAAGGUAAAGUUCUGAAAAAAAUAAUCGAUUAUGAAGAUUAA